GUCCAGACACUGUCUGACAGGCUAAGGCAGAGGCCAGGAUCAGAAUAAAAGGGCUGAAGCAUAGGGCGCCUCCAUCCACUCACCUCCUGAGAUACCCACACAUCCUGAGCUGCCCAUCAUCUUGCUUCUGAACACCCACAGGCCGAGAUGUCCUGCCAGCAGAACCAGCAGCAGUGCCAGCCCCCUCCCAAGUGUGCCCCCAAGUGCCCUCCCAAGUGCCAGACACCAAAGUGUCCCCCCAAGUGUCCCCCCAAGUGUCCUCCCAAGUGCCCCCCUGUGUCUUCCUGCUGUAGCCUGGGUUCUGGGGGCUGCUGUGGCUCCAGCUCUGGGGGAGGCUGUGGCUCCAGUUCUGGGGGCUGCUGCAGCUCUGGGGGUGGUGGCUGCUGCCUGAGCCACUACAGGCCCCGCAGAUCUCUCCGUCGCCAUCGUCACAGCUCUGGAUGCUGUAGCAGUGGUGGCAGCAGUGGCUGCUGUGGCAGCAGUGGUGGCAGCGGUGGCUGCUGUGGCAGCAGUGGUGGCAGCGGUGGCUGCUGUGGUGGCAGCAGCAGCAGCAGCUGUGGCAGUAGCCAGCAGUCUGGGGGCUGCUGCUGACCUGCAUGAGGAAGACUUCAGGGAAAUGGUGUAGGAGGAAUCAAGUUCGGAAGACCUGCAGCUGCCUGCCAGUCCUGUCUUCUACCCCUGUCCUUGAUAUGUUGAAAUCUUCCUGUCCAAGAUCUUCAAUUUAUACCCAGUUUCCAAGGUCCCUUUUCUAUACUACCUAAUAAUAAAGUCUUCUCUGCCAUUCCCA